GGGUGGGUGGGAUUACAGCAGGGAGCCGGUUUCGCCUCCCAUCAGGCCAGAUGCCCUUGGGCAGAUUUGUCUGCUGAGUUUGUCCCCCCCUCCCCCCACCCCGUUGUUGUGGCGUCAGUUUGGGCCCUGUCAUCUUCCCUGGUCCCUGAAGUGCCCGGUGGCGGGUGGGGGGUGACUAGGGGAAAAGGCAGAGUAUGUGGACCCCUUGCUGUGGGAGCAGUGCCGCCAGGGACUCGGGGAAGGCUUCGGGGAGAAGGCAUCCGCUGACGGGACCGAGAGGGAGGAUCUCCACAGGUGCCGGCGGAGGACAGUAGGGCAAGUGUGCGACAAAAGCCAGCCGGAGGGCAGGGCCGUCUCUGCCCCCUGACCGCAUCCCUUUCCCUGCUCUUCCCGGCCCAGCUCUCUCUCCGGACGGUGAACUCCUCUCGCUCUGCCUACGCCUGCUUCCUCUUUGCCCCACUCUUCUUCCAGCAGUACCAGGCAGCCACCCCUGGUCAGGAAGCCCUGCGCUGUAAGAUCUUGAUGAAGUGCUGAGCCUGGGAUGGCCAGGUCCUCCACGGGAUGUGGAAGCUGGUCGGUGGAGGCACAGCACCGAGCCGGUGGAUUUGCCCCGCUCAGUCGUUCCUGGCCGUCUUCCGCUCGCUGGCGAUGGUGGAGAAGACCGUGGAGAGAUGCUGCAUCUCGCUGAAUGGCAGGAACAGCCGCCUGGUGGUCCAGCUGCACUGCAGAUACGGGGUGAGGAAGACUCACAACCUGUCCUUCCAGGAAUGCGAGUCCCUGCAGGCCGUCUUCGACCCAGCCUUGUGCUCCCAUGUGCUCCGUGCUCCCGCACGGGUCCUGGGGGAGGCUGUUCAGCCCUUCCCCCCCACAUUGGCAGAAGUGACGCUGGGCAUCGGCUCUGGCCGCAGGGUCAUCCUGCGCAGCUACCAGGAGGAGGAGGCAGACAGGACUGUCAAAGCCAUGGUGACGGAGAUGAGCAUCGGGGAGGAGGACUUCCAGCAGCUGCAGGCCCAGGAAGGGGUGGCCAUCACUUUCUGCCUCAAGGAAUUCCGGGGACUCCUGACUUUCGCAGAGUCCGCAAACUUGUCUCUUAGCAUUCACUUCGAUGUGCCAGGCAGGACCUGUCAUCUGCCUAGGCCAGCCAUCUUUGCCAUCAAGGACUCCCUGCUGGACGGACACUUCGUCCUGGCCACGAUGUCCGAGUCGGACCUGCGCUCCCCAGAGCUACACAGGCUGGCGCCUCCGCUCCAGGCUCACAGCACACCCCACCUGGAUGACUUUGCCAAUGACGACAUUGACUCUUACAUGAUCGCCAUGGAAACUACUGCAGACAUCGAGGGCUCCCGGGCAGUACCCUCUGUGUCCUUUUCACCUGGCCACCAGCCCCCUUCUAGCCCUGGCCCCUACUCAGAGGACAACGACACCGAGCCCAGUAUAGAGCCUGGGACUCCCCCCCCCAAGAAGUUCCGCUCGCUGUUCUUUGGCUCCGUCCUCGCCCCUGCACACUCCCCUCCCGGCCCCAGCCCUGUGCUGGCUGAAGAUAGUGAGGGUGAAGGCUGAACUGAGAACAAGCCCGUGUCCAGAGGCCCUGGACUAGACGAAGCCACGGCCUCCCCCUUCCCCCAGAGGGCUGAUCUCUGCCCUGGUGGGUGGUAAAGGCGGGCUGUGCUGGAGUGGAGCUGGUUGGUCUUGUCCCCACCUCAGACCCCUCCCAGCUGUCUGUAGCCUGGGUCCUGUCUUCUCUCACCAACUCCCAACCAAUCAUGUCUGUUCCCAGGCUUGGCACUGAGCUGCCACCUGAUGGGAGGUCCCUCACCUGUUCCUCCCCGUAGGCCUUCAGGCCAGACUCCUAACCACGCAGCCAGGGUGGACACCUGCCUUCCCUAAGACAAAAGUCACAAAGGGGCUCUUGGCCCCUGCUGCUCUCCCGGCUUUGCCAAUCAUGACGUGUCCCUUCCUUAAACCCUGGGCACGCCCCUGGGAUCCCUUUAGCCGGCAGACUAUUUUUCUUGCUUUCUCUAUGCUGUCUGGCCCUGGUUUGGAAUUCUAAGCCCCUGUGGACCCGAGCCU